AUGGCAACUUUAAAUGAAAAAAAGACCUGCAGCCAAAGAAUGGAAAAUUUCCGACGUUUUGUAUGGAAUCCAGACACAGGACAGUUGAUGGGAAGAACUUUGAUUAACUGGGUAUGGAUUAGUCUUUAUUAUGUUGCAUUCUAUGUGGUAUUGACUGGACUAUUCACACUUUCUAUCUAUUCUUUAAUGAAGACAAUUAAUCCUUAUACACCAGACUAUCAAGAUCGAUUAAAAUCACCAGGAGUGACAUUACGACCAGAUGUAUAUGGAGAAAAAGGAAUGGAAAUUUAUUAUAACAUUUCUCAGAACUCCUCCUGGAAUCGUUAUGUUGUGAGACUUCAGACAUUUCUUUCAGCAUACAAUGAAACUAUGCAAGAAGGCAACAAAAACUGUAGUCAGGAAAGUUAUUACUACCAAAAUACAUUUGAUGCUCCAAAUAAUGAAAAAUACUCUUGCAAAUUUACAAAAGAUAUGCUUGAAAACUGCUCUGGUUUGACGGAUUCCACUUUUGGUUUUCCUGAAGGAAGGCCAUGCUUAAUAAUAAAGAUGAACAGAAUUAUAAAUUUUCUUCCUGGCAACGGGACUGCCCCAAAAGUGAACUGCACAACUACUGAUGACAGCUCAUUUGAGGUAGCAUAUUAUCCCGCAAAUGGAACCUUUAGUCUUCACUACUUCCCUUACUAUGGACUCAAGGCACAGCCUAGCUACACUAAUCCACUGGUAGCAGUGAAACUUCUCAACUUUACUUACAAUAAAAUACUACACAUAAAAUGCCGAGUUGUUGGCGUUGGAAUUACUUCAGAUAACCCACAUGAUCCAUAUGAAGGAAAAGUAGAAUUCAAACUUCGGAUACAAAAUUAA